GAUUUAUUUCAGUAAGGAUUGAUCGAUAGUUUCUCUGUCGCAUUUGUGAAUCAACUGUACCUUAAUCUACAUGUCCGACUCACGCUUAAUUUGAGCCCUAACACCUGAAAUGUUAUUUAUAACGAGGUACCCGAGUCUAUGCUUAAUAGAUAUAUAUCAAUUUCGAAAAUUUGAAAAUUUCUACUGUUAGUUGAGCUUACCUGAUAUCGUCUUUUACAUGGAUUAUUUAACAAAUAUCAUAUUAUAUCUUAGCUUUUCUGGUGGAUUUUUAUUAUGCUAUUGUCUACGUCAUACCAUGAUGGGACACGUUUUAAAAUUUCUACUUUUGAAACCAGUAUCCGUAAUCUGGAUAAUUAUGCCAUUUGCGAUCAGAAAAAUGAUUUCAGAAACAAUCAUUUGGUUCUUAUUUGAGAGGCAUUGUGUCUAUCAAGUCGUUUAUCUAAGUUGUGUUAUUUUUGGACAUUAUAUAUUGAUAAUGGAUGUUAUAACUGUUCUCUAUCGAUAUUCCUGGUUAGAGAAUAAUCUGUUUCUUGGAUCUGGAUGUUUAUUCCUUAAUGGUCUGUUGUAUAUGUUGUUGUGUUUUAGUGAUCCAGGUUUUAUAACAUCACGAAAUAAAUCAGUUUAUGCACAUAUUUAUGAAUAUGAUAAUUUUAUUUAUUCACCUAAACAAUGCACAAUAUGCUGUCAUAUAAUUCCAGCUAGAUCUAAACAUUGCUCUCGAUGUGACCGUUGCGUAUUUCGAUUUGAUCAUCACUGUGUUUGGACAAAUUGUUGUAUUGGUGGUCAAAAUCAUGGGCUUUUCAUAACAUUUUUAUUCUCUUUAUGUUUUAUGAUUGCCAAUGCAUUGUGGUUAAAUUGUCGUAUGCUUUAUUUAUUCUCUGUUCAUGAAAAUUUAUGGCAAGCUCAUUACUUAGAUGAAUAUGACCAAAUGCACCCAAUGGAUUGGUUAACAUUAUUACAACACUUGUUCAUGACAUUUCCUCGUGUUAUAGGGUUGACUGGCAUAUUAAUUGUAGUUGUAAUGUUAUUAAUUAAUUAUUUAACAUUUCAUAUUUGGCUUAUUCUGAUCAACUGUACAUCAUAUGAAUAUUUUCAAGGGAAGAAGCUGAUUACUAGUGAAAAUUGCUCAAUUAACUAUGAUAAUGAUGACAAGGAGAAGAAUAAAAAGAUAAUAAACAAAAAGCGUCAUUUCCUUUCUACUUCAUUAUUUGACAGCAAGAUGGUGAUGAUGAUGACGGAAAGGACAAUGAUGCCUUCUACCGUAAACCGACAAUUAAAGUCGAAUCAUAGAUUAAGUGGACAAAAUCCAACCACUACAUGUCAUAAUUAUCGAAAUUUCUACAAUAAAGGUAUUAGAAAUAAUUUAUUGGAAAUGUUUACACAAAGUACAUCAUAUUCAUUACGGGAGUUGAAACAUCGUUUACCUGUACAGUUGACAUUUAAAACUCGUUAAAUUUCUCCCUUUAAACUGAUAGAUGUUUUUUUUUACAAAAGCCGUUGAUCUUUAAUUUAUUUUUAGUGUAACUGUAUUUUCUCAAUUCUGUUUGAUUGAAGUCAGUGUUAUUCAUGUUGCCUAACUAAUGGUAACAAUGUUUCCUAGAAACAUGAACUGAUGAAUGGUUGAUAUCCUUAUCGCUAACUGGAGUCAUUGAAUGUUUAGCGACUGAUGGGCAUCACUUAUUUGCACAUCCUAAUGUCAGUUGUAUUAUGUUAUUUGAUAAUCAUGUCUUAUAAGUUUAAAUGAUAUUAAUAUAAGUAAAUAGCUUAAAUGCAAUACUUCUGUACGUAAUGUGAGUGAAUGCACUGUCGUUUUUUCAAAUCAAUGUUCUUACUCUUUGCAGUUUUAUGAAGGUAUCUCUGUGUAUGAAAUUAUAGGUUUUAUUGAAUGCGGUUUUACGAGAGUAAAUAAAAUAAUCAUGUAGUCUCAUAUACAUAUUGUUGACAUAGUUUGUCGGUAUUAAUUAAUUUCAAUGAAUGUAAAUAUAUCAGUGGGAUAAUUCCUGAAUAAUAAUUGAUAUUCCCCAUAAAGUAGGUAGCAAAAAUACAUCUGAAGCGCCAGAGUAGUUCUCAUUUCAAUAUUUGUGAAAUCUAAUAAAUAUGAAAUUUACGAAUUUUUUAGUUUAAGUUGAUUUCAACUGAACCUUCGUAUACAUACUACGAAUACUGUGCAAAUUAAGUUUUGAGAUAACUAGAGAAAUAAAUUGAACAAAAAUGUAAAACAUCUUAUGGGCAGUAACCCUAGAAGAGCUAUAGGCGGAGUUACGUUUUUAAUUAGUAAAAUAUAAUUGGGUAUUUUUUCAUUUCAACAAAAUAUAACAGCGUAUUUAGAUUUAAGGACCUUUUUGAUGUGACAUCUAUGUACCAGAUAGUUUUUCAUUGUAAUGUUCAGCCAGAACAAUAUCACAAUUUGUGAGCAAAAUUGAAGAUUUCUGAGAAUAUUCAUUGCGAUGUCAAGGAUGACCAAAUAUUUUUCUUAAUAGUUAUUAUUAUAUUGUAAGAGGUUUGAAGUACAUCACUGUAACACAGCUCUUGGAAUGGGUAAUCUACUCCUCAUUUUAAACGAAACACAUAUCAUGUUUGAAAUCGUAAUAAGAUAAUGAGGAUGUCAGUUUUUAUCAUAAAAUUUUAUCAAUCGUUACUACUGGGAUUAUGUUACUAGUUAUAAUGUCUUUUUAUUCAAUAAAAAUAAUAGUAAAAUACUGAAAAAUC